AUGAUUGGCAAACGUUUGCAGCGGUUAUCGAAACAACAGUCUUCCUCUAACUAUUCCAGGCAGAAGAAUUCUUUGGAGAGGGAGCUCGCGAGUUUUCUGUCUAGUUUAUCAUCCCCUAAGCUUAGCUUUUCUGGUAUGGAAGGACCGUAAUGGUAAAACGCUCGUUCAUCUGCGUGAUUGUGUGAUUGUGUAUGGUUCGUGCACACUCCAAGUUUACAGCACUCUUGUAGCUGUCCUAGGCACCUUGCGUUUGGAACAGUGGACGCCUUGAUAGGGAAGUUGCAUUCCAUUUUUGCUACGCAGGGUAGGGGUUCCGACUGGCAGCCUCUUCUAGGGGUGGGUAGCCCGGCGGCAUGCAGAACGGUAAAAAAGUACCUGGCAGAUGUAAAAGAGGAACAGUUAAAGUCAAGAAUUGUCCCUUGUCCAUCGGAACUGGUCCUCCUGGCUGAUCUUGCAGUGAUUUCUCAGCAUAUUGAAACUCGGCUCCUGCAAAGCUCGUCUUUAGAACCUUCACAAAUCUUUGUUUUGGCACGAGAUCAGGCACAGUUCAAGGUGUUAUUCUUUGCAGGGGAUCGGGCGGCUGAUCUUUUACAGUUGAAAACUGGUGAUAUUUUGCAUUUCCGGAUAACUCGGGUUUCCUACUCAACCAUAUCUGGACCAAGACGUUGCGAUCGGGGGACAAGCACGUCUUCACCUUCAAGAGGGGUACUAAUAAGAUGGUGUGUCCUCUCGGUGGCCUAGAGCUCUACGUUCGCAUUUGAGGCCUUCUGGGAAUAGAGCUUGGUUCGGGCUACCUUUUCCGCCCUGUUUCUAAGACAGGGACAGUGUCUUCUCAAUGCAUUACCUCUCGAGCUGCCUAGACGAUGCCAAAUGUUUACCCCGUGUCUUUACGCUGGCAGCUAACAAGGGAACACUUCACUCCUCAUGGUUUUCGUAGUGGGGCGGCAGUCUCUAUAACUGGCUGGUGUGGACUUUCAUGCAAUUAUGGAUCAUGUUGGUUGGAAGAGAAGUGACAUGGCUUUGCACUACAUCAAGUUAAAGCCACUGAUCAACCCGGAAGGUGCGGCUGCCAGUUUGGCGUAUCUUCCGUCUGAUGCUGGCGCAGACUACAAAUGUUUUGAUGCUUUGAGAGGAUUUUCUCGGGCUUUCUAAACUGUGCCUAAAUGAAAUGAAAGGAAAAUAGCACAGGGAAGAAAACUGUGAUUUAUUUAACAUAGAAACAAAAACAAAAAAAAUCUUCCUAAUUGCUGGAGGUGUCUCGUUGGUAAUAGUAGAGAAAUAAACAUAUAGUAGACUCUUAAGGAUGUAUGGUUUACGCUUAGGGACUUGGGAUAAGGAUUGGAAGACUUGUUUCUCAAGAGCGCUGUCGGGGUGUUUGGGUGUUUCAUACGGUGGCGUAUGGCUUGGGUGGCUUCGGGAAAGUCAGAUUCAUUCCCCAUACCUUAUUAUAAUGUCAUGAAUAACAAUACCCAGGGAUGAAUAUUAUACUAUUCACUCAUCCAUUCAUUCAGUAAAUCGAAGUAUACAUGCUUAUACGCUCACGUAGCUGAACGCUUUUGAGUAAGGGGGUUAGGGAAGGAGUUCAAGCAAUUCGGGCUAUAAAAUACAGAAAAUAUGUGGCAGGAAAUUAUAUACUCGCGCAUGCGCACCUUUGGCACGGAAGUACACAAAUACAAAUCAAAUAUUUGAGUCAAAAGAUGGCACAACAAGUAUGAGAAUAGUGAGUUAGAUUAAAAGACACAACGUUUGUUUAAAUGAUGUGCUUACUGAGUCCAAUCGUACUGAAUUACAGACUUGUGAAGUAGAGCAACGAACUUUUGCAACACCCUGUAGUGGGCUAUUCUGCUGCAGUGGCAUGGAAUUAUAGAGAAAACGAUGACAACUUUCAUUGUUGGGGUCCAGGAAGUAAGUGAUCUAGAAACCUUCAAAUAUCCAUAAUUAACUGUGGAAGAAGUUGCUUAACUGAACGAAAACCCAAGCAUAGACAAGCAGGAAAUCAGCAUCACUGUUAAUUUUAACCACGAGCACAACCCUAAGCAAAAAAUAUGCUUCUGGACUAGGGCUAGCAUGGCGAAUGAAUAGGUCGCGUAAUGUUGUGCAUGAGGCAGUGAUUUCAAUUUUUCAUCUUUAUACGCCUCUAAUGUCUUCCAAAAGGAAAGGCAGAUCUAGUGCAGCAUCUCAAUCUUCUAAUCAGUCACCUGAACAGAAAAGAAGCAAAAAUAGUGAAACUGACAAAGUGUUUGAAGCGCUCGAGAUGGCUGAAGACGUCGGUCUGAAACUGCAGCAUGUGCUGGAUAAAUUAGAAAAACUUGAUUAGAUAGAAGCGCAUCUUAGCAAGGUUUCUGCCAGUCUUGCUAGUAUCGAGGAGAAAGUUUCUUGUUUAGAUGAAGAUGUACAAGACCUGAAGCAAAAAACAAACAGAGUGGAAAAGAAAGCGUCGAAAUUGGAAGAAAGUAUCCAGUUCAAAGAGGACGACAUUUCAGACCCAAAGAAAGAGCCAAAGGAGUCAAAGUUUGAAAUAAAUGAUCUUCGCAAGCAGUUAUUGUAUUUAGAAACCUACUCAAGAAGAGAUAGGACAAGUUUUCCUUUCCAUUAAGAAGGCACAAUAACUUGUAAGUAUGCAGUAUUUUCGGUUAUUCGGUCGAUAUCAUCUUUGUAAUAGUUGCGUUGUUGUUAUUUCAGCGAAUCUUUCUCUUUCACGUGCAAUUUGUGAAUGGAAUGAAUACAAGUUAUGUGCAGAUUAGAAACGAACUAGCAAGUGAACAACUGACUAAAGUACAGUUUCAAGUAGCUAUGAGUGGACGCUACAGACACUUUUUCCCGUUUUUGUGCAUCUAUCGCUUUGUUGUGGGGUGUUGUUACCGAGCAGGUUUUUGUGAUCUCCUUUAUAGAAUUGUGAACUAGGUAAUAGGUAAGACAAAAGGAAAGAACAAAGGAGAAAAACAAACAAAAAAGGUGUUUUUUGACCCUAGAACUUGUAUUUUCGUGUGUUUUCUGUGGGUUUUCUACAUUUCUAUUUUCCCUUUUUUUUUACCCAAGGUGCCAAAGCUGUUUACCUCUGUGGUGGCCUACCCAAAGUGCGCGUAUGCUAAUGAUGAAAAUUUUCGUUUUUAUCAACGGUGUUGGUACGCAAGGAGGAAUGUUUUUGUACCCGAUCCCCCUCAUAGAGACGAAAUUGACUAGGGAAUGAUUGGCAAACGUUUGCAGCGGUUAUCGAAACAACAGUCUUCCUCUAACUAUUCCAGGCAGAAGAAUUCUUUGGAGAGGGAGCUCGCGAGUUUUCUGUCUAGUUUAUCAUCCCCUAAGCUUAGCUUUUCUGGUAUGGAAGGACCGUAAUGGUAAAACGCUCGUUCAUCUGCGUGAUUGUGUGAUUGUGUAUGGUUCGUGCACACUCCAAGUUUACAGCACUCUUGUAGCUGUCCUAGGCACCUUGCGUUUGGAACAGUGGACGCCUUGAUAGGGAAGUUGCAUUCCAUUUUUGCUACGCAGGGUAGGGGUUCCGACUGGCAGCCUCUUCUAGGGGUGGGUAGCCCGGCGGCAUGCAGAACGGUAAAAAAGUACCUGGCAGAUGUAAAAGAGGAACAGUUAAAGUCAAGAAUUGUCCCUUGUCCAUCGGAACUGGUCCUCCUGGCUGAUCUUGCAGUGAUUUCUCAGCAUAUUGAAACUCGGCUCCUGCAAAGCUCGUCUUUAGAACCUUCACAAAUCUUUGUUUUGGCACGAGAUCAGGCACAGUUCAAGGUGUUAUUCUUUGCAGGGUAUCGGGCGGCUGAUCUUUUACAGUUGAAAACUGGUGAUAUUUUGCAUUUCCGGAUAACUCGGGUUUCCUACUCAACCAUAUCUGGACCAAGACGUUGCGAUCGGGGGACAAGCACGUCUUCACCUUCAAGAGGGGUACUAAUAAGAUGGUGUGUCCUCUCGGUGGCCUAG